GGAAUCAGUGAGGGAUAGAAGGACGAGGUAUAAAAUAAGUAGGAGAAGAACACGGAGCAGGUACAACUAGCCGGAUACAAGUUGUUAUGGUGUCCUACAGUUUACAUAGCCUUUAACUCUCCCCCUCUCUAUUUUUGACACAGUGCUAUGUUUGCAUAGACUGUUAAGCUUAGAGAGAGCAAGAGAAAAAGAGAGAAUGAGAGCGGAAAAGGGAGGGAAGAAAAGUCUCGGCUAAAAGAGAAAAACGCACAAGAGCUGAGAAAGCUUAUGGCUUGUGUGAGAGAGCAGUUAAGGGCAUGAACACACAUAGAAGGGCAGAAAAAUAGGGGGAAAAAAUCUGUCAGAUAAAGUAAGAAAGACAAAGACAGGGGAAGGAGAAGUGGAAGAGACAGAGAAAGGAAGCUUUUAAGAGGUGUAAGGGCUUUGCUUCUGCGCUCGGAACAUGUCUCUUAAUGGAAAGGUGGCUCUUGUAACAGGGGGUGCUCAGGGCAUUGGAAGAGCCGUGGUCGAGUCACUACUGCAGAGCUCUGCCAAGGUCUCCGUGGUCGACCUCAACAAGACAUGUGGGGAAGAGAGCAAGACAGAGCUGGAUGCUUUGUUUGGAGAGGGCAACUGCUGCUUUAUCGCAUGUGACGUGUCCAAUGGAGAGGCACUGAGAGAUGCAUUUCACAGGACGGUAGACCAAUUUGGUCGUCUGGACAUUGUUAUCAACAACGCUGGCAUCAACAAUGAAAAGAACUGGGAAAAGACCAUACAGGUCAAUCUGACCUCUGUAAUUAAAGGGACCUACUUGGCACUUGAACACAUGAGUAAAGAGUACAAGAAAGAAGGAGGUACCAUUAUCAAUGUCUCCUCAAUGGCAGCCUUCCUGCAUUCACCUCACCAGCCUGUCUACACUGCUACAAAAUAUGGAGUCAUUGGCUUCACUAGAGCUAUGGCAGAUGCGUCCUCUCAGGGAAACUACGGCGUUCGUAUUAACACCCUGUGUCCGGCCUUUGUUGACACUCCUCUGCUGCACUCAGUGGAACAUGAGGACACCAUGGGCAAGUUUGUCAAGUUCAAGGAUGAUUUCAAACGCAGCAUGAGCAAGUUUGGAGUUUUACAGCCAUCAUUGAUAGCAGAGGGCAUGAUGAGGUUGAUUAUGGACACCACUCUGAAUGGAGCUGUGAUGAAGAUCACCUGCUCAAAAGGAAUUCACUUCCAUACCUACGAACCCAUGUCUGCUUGAGACAUGUUCACACUGCAGCUCAGGAAAAGCAUAAAAUGCAACCCAACAGAAAAUGGACCAGGACAUCUUGCUGCAGCUGGGCUUAUCAUCAGAACUGUGUCAGAGCAUCAUUUGGAUUUUCAGGAAAAACAUAUAACAUAUAAAUAACUUGAACAAUACCUUAUCAUAUAUACAGUACAUAGGCAUACAGAUGUCCAAAUUAAAACAUACAUUUUGACAAUAUAAUAGUAAUCGUCUCUCCAUCUGAUUUAUGUAAUUAUGUUAAUUAUAUAAGUAUGAUGAAAAUAGGCAAGAACCAAAUCCAGUGUUUUUGCUUAUGUAAACUAGGUUUCUAUGUGUUACAGCCAAUAAUUGACAGUGUUAACUCACACAAAACCAUUAUGUGAAUUGUUUGAUGAAACAGUCUUAAAAGUAGUAACAGCUAGUUUAUUUGUUCUGUGUAUAAAUAUAACUACAAAAAUAUAUUGGACUAUUUCUGCUCCACAUGUCUGGAACAAAGUCCCAGAAAGUUGCAGGUCUGAUGAGACUUUCAGCUGCUCCAAAUUAAGAAACUAAUUUCCUUAUUUUUUGCCUUUUAAUGUUUUUAUGUGACGUACUUUGCAUUGCCUUGUUGUUGAAAUGUGCAAUACCAUAAAACUUGCCUUUAAUGAUGUUGGCCAUACUCAAUUGUUGUUAGAUACUGAAAGAAGAUUUGAUGAGAGGCUCAAGAAGUCUUCCUCUGGCCAUUGUUUGUCUAGGGGCAUAACCUUCAGCCUGAACCACUGUCCAGACAGCACACCUGCAACAUCAUCCCUUCCUUCUCUCGUCCCCCCCCAUCUACACCAAUUGUUGAUUCCAAAGACAACAGACGUGUCUGUGCUCCAUAAAUAAAAACACUGUUUGCCUCAGUCACCUGAUUCGUCAUACAUUCGCAAACAUAAUGCUGAAAAUGUUCAAAAUGCAUCCCAUAUCCAUUGCAGCGAAAAGUGAGCACUACAUCACAGCCACAUAUGAAGAAAUACCUAAAAGAACAUAUAUUUGUUGAAAGAUCAGCAAAACCUGGAUUCGAACCUUGUCGAGCAAAACAACAAUGCAUUCUAUCUAAGGCCGCUGCGCUACGCCGUCGACCAACCGUCAGGGCUGGACUGGGACAAAAAAGGCCCUGGCAUUUUUGCUCAGACAGGCCCACCACAAUCGGUUGGACACAACCACCAACCAGCACACUAUCCUUGCGGAGUAAACGAUGACACAAUUUUCAUUUUUGGGUGAACUAUCCCUUUAAAGAGCACAAACCCCUCUUUAAUAUGACACCAAACAACAUUUACCUAUAAAUGUACUUCCCAUAAAAAACCUAUACAAACAAAUUACUCACACAAAACGUCCAGAUAAUAUAUAUAUAACAUUUUUAGUAUUCGAUUGACGUUAUAUUGCAUAUUGAUGAUAUUGGAAAUUCAGAAAAAACAUUAGAAAAUAUCUAGUUAGUUGAAUAUAUAGCGUUUAAAAUGCAAAGCAGGUUUUUAACCCCCAAAUAACAUGCGUUAGCUACCUCUUCUAACGUGUAACUCGUUGUGGGCGAGUAAUAAUUAAAAUAAUCAAAUUGCAUCAUUUAAGUUUUUUUUCUAGAGAAGAAGGGCCGUCGACGGCCGUUAUGAGUUUUAAAUGGUUACAUUAGAAUAUCCCAAGUUGCAAUUGAAUAAGUGAACUCUCAACUCUGCUAGCUACAAAAACAGUGCAAAAAAGCUUAUGCUGUGUUAUUUGACUUUAGCUAACUGAGUGGCCUUUGCAGUAACUUUUAAGUGACAAUUUGACAAAUGACAACUGACACUCAGACUUUAUAAUAGCAACAACUGACAACGAUUAUGUUUGUUGCCUUAUUAUAAUAUUCAUUAAUUUAGGUAUCUGUUAAAUCGUCAUCAUCUUCGUUGUGGCCCAGCCCCAGCCCAGCCAGGCCCACACACACUAUCCUCAUGCACCCGCCCUGAUUAACACUCCCUCCCUGUUCAUAUAGCUACUAUGCUUGCUUACCGUUUCAAUGACACUCUCCUGCUCACUCUGUCCCUCCUUGACUUCACUAUCAGACUAAGACACCUGCUGCACCUUCUCCUCUGCUGCCUGCGAGCCGCAAGCACCACUAUCGCUAUGGCUAGUCACCUCUCCUCCUCCAUGUGCUAUGUUCACCUGCUGUUUCUGCAACAUGUCGUCAGGUACUGUAGUAGUUUUGGAAACUGAAGCUACAGCACUAAACAUGUCGGUUAUUUUUUAACAUGUUGAGACAUCAACCUCUAGAUUUUUUUUUGGCCCGCAAUUUCUCCGCACCCCCCUUGCUCUUACGUUUUGGUUUCUCCAUCCUAAUCCACAGAUUUCUUUCUGGCUCUAAACCACUGACUGCAUCUGACUGACACACGGAGAGGGAGGGGUGGAGCCUGCUAAGAGAUGAUUGGGCCAGCCCAGUGUCAGUAUGGAAAAUUAACCAAUGGGCCGCUGUCCCUGCUUUAUGGGCCGGUCGAAAGCAAAAAAUAAAUAAUAAUUGUAUAGGCCUAUCGACCGGCCCCCAAGUGCGUCGGCCCACCAGGCAUUUGCCCAGUGUACCAGAUUACCAGUCCAGCCCUGCCAACCGUGCUUUCAAGUGUCCCUGCCAUCGUCAGUGGCAAAAAUCAUUUUGGUUCAGGGUAAACCAAGACAACUGUAUUUUGGUGUGCGCAGCAUUGAACACUUCAUACAUAUUUAUCGGUGCUUUUUCGCGAUGCUUGAUACUGUUAUUUACACAUAACAUCCACAUUGUUAAAAAGUGUUUUACAGACGUGAAAUACACCGGGGGUGUCAGGGGGGACGCGGUCGAGGGCAAGGAGGGAGGACUCAGAUGCGGAGUUUGAAAAAUAAAAGACUUUAAUUGUCAAAAAACUCAAAAUCACUCCAACCAAAAAAGGGGAGGAAGGAGGCAAAAACAAAACAGACAAAAAAACAGGGACCUGGACUUGAAAACAUAGACUUGACUUACUUGACGGGACACAAGAACGUCGACAUGUAAUGACGCCACACCAGACAAGGGACUCACAGGGCUUAAAUACACAAGGGAGGUGCAGGUGAUUGAACACAGGUGGAAACGAUCAGGCACGACAGACAAUUACAGGGGAAGACAGGACAAGGGAGGAAGUGAAGUUACCCAGGAACACCAGAGACAUGAAAACUACAAAAUAAGACAGAGCAGACCCAAACCGUGACAGAACCCCCCCCUCAAGGACCGAAUUCCAGACGGUCCUAAAGGGGGGCAGAACCAUGAAAAUCAGACAAGGGGCGGGAGGGUGGGGACCCGACAGCUAUGGUCCGGCGGCCUGCCGGGGCGGCGGCCGGGCGUGGGGUGCUCUGGGGGUCUUCCGGGUCGGCGGCCGGGCCUCAGGGUCUCUGGGGGUCUGCCGGGUCGGCGGCCAGGCCUCAGGGUCUCGGGGGGUCUGCCGGGUCGGCGGCCGGGCCUCAGGGUCUCGGGGGGCGCCGAGCUGUGCGGCUCCGGCGUCGUCGUGGUGUGGGGCGCCGAGCUGUGCGGCGUCGUCGUGGUGUGGGGCGCCGAGCUGUGCGGCGUCGUCGUGGCGUGGGGCGCCGAGCUGUGCGGCUCCGGCGUCGUCGUGGCGUGGGGCGCCGACCCAACCCCUGACCCCAC